CUUCAAGAUAAUGUAAUCUUUAUUUCAGAUUUACAAGUUGCAACCCAAUAGCCGCAUAGUGGCAUGUGCACCAUCAAAUUCUGCUUCAGAUAUUAUUGCUGUGCGUCUCCUGGAACACAUCUCAAGACAUCACAUGUUGCGUAUGCAUGCAGAAUCAAGGAUGAUAUCAAGCAUUCCGGAAAAUUUAAAGGAUAUGUCCAACAUACAAGAGGGCAAAAUUUACACACCAUCGGAUGAGAAACUUAUGGCGUACAAGAUCAUAAUUUGUACAUUGGUGACGGCUGGGAAGAUAGCAGGAGCUUCCCUCCCUCAAGGUCACAUAACUCAUGUGUUUCUAGAUGAGUGUGGCCAUGCCAUGGAGCCUGAAGCCAUGUCAGCACUGGCAGGAAUCGUAGAGAAGGAAGCUCAGGUGGUGUUGACUGGGGACCCUCACCAAUUAGGUCCUGUUAUUAGGAACACCCAGUGCUUCACAGGCAAUGAAAAUCUCUUCCACAAGAAUGGCCUAGAUAAGUCCUAUCUGGAAAGGCUGAUGGAGAUGCCUAUGUACAGGGAUAGCAACGGCCAUUACAACAGGCAGGUUGUGACCAAACUGCUCAAUAACUACCGUUCACAUGCUUCUAUUCUCAAGGAACCUAAUGAGAUGUUCUAUGACUCUGAACUCAGGGUAUGAUCCUCUCUUCAACCUUUCUUUUCUCAUUGAUUUGUAACAGAUAAGCAUACAUUGAUUAUGAAUUCAGAGUUUUUGAUAUACAAUUCACAUUAUUGCAUGAUCCUAUUAAAAAGAUUAUAUACAAUUACAAAAGAGAAAAUGUUAUUGACAAGACUUCAAUUCCUCACCUUUGAGGACAUCAGCAAUGAUAUAUUCAUACAUAUAUUCAUCUCUUGGUGCCAGUUCAGAGGGAUGACAUUGGGAAUUAAAUUGAUACUGCAUGGCUGGUGUUCAUCUCAUAUGUACACCCAAGAGUCAAGGUGUUUUAUUUACAUCUUGCCUUAGAUUUAUUUUUAUGAGCAUGAUAGGUGAAAGUCAGUGAUCACGCCCUCCCAAGAU